CAACGACGACAGGGCAGUCGACCAUUCUAGACAGGUCUCGCCAUUCGUAAUGAAACCUUGAAAGGUUGAGGCGAGAAUGGAGUCGAUUUCGCGACUCAGCUCGCUGCUGGAAACAGCACGCGACUUGACUCUCGAGGCCGCACGAGAUGCCGGACCUCGAAGAUCGACGCGACCACUCCCGGCGCAGCAAAUUAAGAGCUUGCUGGACAGUCGAAGUGAGCGAGAUGUCUUGGAGGGUCUCCGGAGAGUUAUUGCAGUACGGAUAGCACGUCAACGAGACAGCACCUCAGAGCAAACAUAUUGAAAUCGACGUUUUAUAGAUGCAAUAUGCAAAUCCACCUCAACCCACCGUGACCUUCUUUCCGGCCGUUCUCAAAACACUUUCAAAUCCGUUCCCUGCGACUCGACCGCUGGUGUACAACUACCUCCUCCACCAUGCCGAAUCCGACCCAGACACCGCGCUCUUAUCGAUCAACACGAUACAGAAGUCUCUUUCCGACAGCAAUCCCCGCAUUCGAGCGAUGGCGCUGAAGACGAUGUCUGGUAUUCGCGUUCCUGUGAUCUCACAGAUUGUGAGCCUGGCUAUCAAGAAAGGUGCUAGCGAUCUUUCGCCAAUCGUCCGGAAGACGGCCGCGCUGGCCUGCAUCAAAUGUGUUCGACUUGAUCCGACCACUCGACCACAAAUUGAAGAGUAUUUAGCAGCUUUGCUAAGGGACAAACAAUACUACGUCGCUGGUGCUGCCGUGCAAGCGUUUGCGGCGGUUUGUCCAGAUCGAAUGGACAUGAUACACCCGGUAUAUCGACGUUUGUGCAAGAUGGUGGUAGACAUGGACGAAUGGGGACAACUGGCAUUGAUUCGGGUGAUCACAUUCUACGCGAGGCGAAAUUUCCCACAAAAGACGCAACGUGUAAGGCGUGCCGCGACACAAGAACAAAGGAGCAGGGAUUUCUAUGAAGAUUUGGAGAAAGAAUCCGAGGAUCAAGGAGACACCGAAGAGGUAGAUGUUGUCGACCCAGAUCUGGAGCUGUUUCUCAAGUCAAUCGCGCCGCUACUGUCAAGUCGCAAUGCUGCUGUAAUUGUUGCUGUCACAAGAAGCUACCUUUACUUGUCACCAAACAAACAUCUCUCGAAGGCCAUAGACCCUCUCAUUGCCCUUUUACGCGCUCCUGAAGAUAUUCAACAAGUGGCACUUCACGACAUAGUCCAAGUCUGUCUUCACAAUCCCUCACAUUUCGCCCGCCACUUUCGGCACUUCCUCAUUCGCUCUCAUGAAGCGCCGGAAAUUUGGCGGCUGAAACUGGAGACCCUAACACUAGUAUUUCCUCACUGCGACAAGGAUGUCCAGGACAUGCUACUCGCAGAACUGGAACACUUCUCCAAAUGUCACGAUCCCCAGCUCGUCCGCGAAAGUGUGAGAGCCAUUGGUCGCUGCGCACAAUCAUCCUCAGCGUCGUCGAACUCCAUAGCAUCUCGUCGCUGCCUCACUCUUCUUCUGAAGCAAAUACAUAGCACAGAUCAAAACCUUGUCGGAGAAGCAAUGGAAGUGAUUCGCCACCUCAUCCAGCGGUCACCGUCCGAGCAUAAGAAGACUGUAAUUAGGCUUGCGAAGAACCUCGAUUCGUUGACCUCUUCCACAGCCAGGGCCAGCAUAAUAUGGCUCAUUGGAGAGUUUGCCAGUGGAACGGAUGAUAGCGAAGAUGCUAUUGCAGCGGAUGUUCUCCGCAUUCUUGUCAAGGGUUACGCCGAUGAAAGCGACGAGGUUCGAGCUCAAAUUAUUUUGCUCGCCGCGAAGACAUACUUGCAUCAUCAAAAUCGACAAAACGAAAAGAAGAGAGCGCUCGAGGCACUGGAGUCAACGGAAUCUACAACGCUAGGAGACGACGUCCGCGAUGCUUCUCCCGACUCACCAUCCCACACCAUUGAACUACUCUACAAUUACACUCUCCUCCUCGCACGAUACACACCUUCCUAUGAUCUGCGCGAUCGAGCGCGAGUGUAUCGAGCUCUCCUGGCUGUUCCAGCCAGCACGGAACUUGCCAGUUUGCUACUACUCGCUCCUAAACCAUUCCCACAAGCGCCUAGUCCAAGCGAAUCCCGCAAGAACUUCGUCCUAGGAUCCUCCAGUUUGGUCAUCGGCGACGAAGAAGCCGGUUCUGCCGGCAUCAGUGGUUACGAGAAUCUUCCCGCAUGGGUAGAGGAAGGCGAUGAACCCGAUCCGAAACUCCGAGAGGAUCUUGAUUCAUCGAGAGGAGUUGAAUACGGCCAGGAGAAGAUCGUCUCGGCAGGUCGCAGGCUCGAUGAGGCCCUGUCUAAGGAUCCUGGCUAUACCUCUACUGCCGCUGCUAGUAAGGGUAAGAGCAAGGAGAAGUCAUUAGAUGCGUGGUUGGACGAAGAAGAUGACGAGGAAGAUGAAGAGGAGGAGGAUGAUGACGAAGAGGAGGAUGAAAGUGACGAUGAAGAGGAGUCCUCCGAGUCGCAUGAGGAUGACGAUGACAGUGAGGAGGAGACGGAGAGCGAGGAGGACGAAGACGAGGAAGACGAAAGAGCCGGUCUUGUCCACCGAUAGAAUAGAUGAUCACGUCUCAAAAGCGUCGAACCGAAAAACAUGCCCACACAUACAUCGAUCAUGAGCAUUGUCUCGCGGCCUCCUCGACUUGCGUCCAUCUGCAUCCAGUGAUUCAUUCCCAUGUGACCAGUGCGCUCUCCAUUUCAGAUCAAUUCGGCCCAAGAACGGAGGCGCAUCACGCAAUAUAUGGACCGUCAAAAGCUCGCAAAAUGCC